AUGGCGAACGACGGCAAUGGCGGUAACGUGACUGAUCCUUUACUUCCGACACCAUCGGAACUUAAAGACCGCUUAAUCUUCGGACCACCAUACUCACACUCUGGUCUCAUUGACGCUCCCUCUCAACACACUUCGCCCUCAUCCCCCGCUACAACCCGUCACGGAUUCAACCGAUCAAGAUCAGCCCCUAGUGUGACUGUAACCAACGACCUAUCUCAACCUGAUGAUCUCGUGUUCCACCGAUCAUCUUAUUACUCAAAUUCGAAGUCAACUUUUAGACAAACUAUUGCUCUGAUUAUUGUGUAUCUCACGGUUAUGUCGGUUGCUACGGUUCUUUAUGGAGAUCAGGCUUUAAAGACAUUACCCGGUUGGCUUCUUGCUGCGAUUUGGCUGCUUGUGUCCACUUUAGCUGUUGCUCUAGCGUUUUUCUAUUUGGCUAAAGCAUGGAUGGAUAAGAGGAACAGAGUGUGGGCGAAGAGAGUCAUUAGCGAAAGCAUGUCUGCAUGUGACUUCUUUGCUGCAGAUAUCAACAACAAUGGCUACCUGAGUACAUCGGAGUACGUCAUAUACAAAUUGAGGCAGGUUGAUAAGAUAACUUAUGAAGACAUUAAACUGAUCACUGACCAGUUUGACCAGAUGGACAGAGCUAAUCAUGGGAAGAUUACUCUUUCGGAUCUUUUGGAGAACGAUUUAUCCACUGCGUCUCCAGUUUAGGAACACACGUUACAACAUGACUGAAGAAAAUGGUUGGUGUGAUGAGAAUGAAGGAGGUUAGUGCGGAGGGAGGAUGAAGAAGUUCGAUGUUCGGUUUCUUUACGUGUGUAUUCUUAAGUUCCUGUUGAUGUUUCCUUUUUAUCCUAAUCUUCUGUUACGGUUUGGAGUUAAUAAUUGGUUUGAAGAGUGUAAUUGUUAAUGCAAAUAUUGGUUUCAACUUUACUGGGAACGAAGUCUCUAAUUCGGAGAUUAACAAAGUCC